AUGGCCUCCCAACUCACUGCGCGCCCCAGCGACGUCCCCCUCGAGAACCUCUACAACCUCCUAGAGCCCAUCACUGUUCCCCCUGAGAAGGCGCACUUCACCAACUGGGGCCUAUCGUUCACAUGCACCCCGGCCACUAUCUUCGAGCCAGAGAACGAGUUCCACUGCGAGCUCGUGCUCGAACUCGCCCGUCGCGAAGGAAAGACCGUUAGGGUGGCGGGUGUUGGCCACAGCCCGAGCGAUCUUGCAUGCACGAACGAAUUUAUGUUGCGCACCACAAAACUUAACCGGGUACUUGAGGUCAACACAGAGAAGCGGUAUGUCGUCGCGCAACCCGGAAUCAUCCUCCACGACCUCCAUGCCCAGCUUGCAAAGAACAACCUCGCGAUGUCCAGUGUCGGCUCGAUUUCUGACCAGACCUUGGGUGGCGUUGUCGCAACUGCGACUCAUGGAUCCGGUGUAAAUUACGGCGUAAUCUCGACGAGCGUUAUGGCCCUCUCGCUCCUGCUUGCAGACGGUUCUCGCGUUACAUGUUCGCGAAAUGAGCACCCUGACCUAUUUCUCGCGUCAAUUUGUGGCAUAGGCACAACAGGCAUCAUACUCAGCAUCCAGAUGGAAGUUGAACCCGCAUUCCGGCUGAGAGAAGUCCAGCAGUCAUUCCCCUUCGACGAAGUCAUCGAGCGCCUCGAUAAGCAUGCGUUUUCGGCGGAGCACGUUAGGUUCUGGUGGUUCCCUUCGCGAGACGUAAUUCGAGCCAGCUACUCGAAUCGAACGGAUGAGCCCAAGAACCCUGCAGGCAGCUGGUGGUGGCAUACAUUCCUCGGACACCAUGUUAUCCAGUUUCUUCUCUUCCUAGGGCGCUAUUUCGUCUUCCUGAACACCUGGAUCGCUAAUUUCGCGUGCUGGCUCGUCAGUGGAGAUUCGACAGGCGUAGACGACAGCUACAAGAUUUUUAAUGUGGAUUGCCGGUAUCCACAGUUUACCACGGAGUGGGCUGUUCCCUACGAGAACACCCAAGCAUGCCUUCGCGAGUUCCGGGACUAUUUGAGGAAAGAAUACCAAGAUCCCCACGGGAUUCGCCCUCAUUUUCCAGUAGAGAUUAGGUUCUCGGCUAGCGAUGAUAUUUGGCUGAGUCCGAGCUCUGGGCACCUCACGACGUGGAUUGGGAUCGUGCAGUACAAGCCAUAUGGGUUCAACGUGCCCUAUCGGAAGCUCUUCCAAGAUUUUGAAGACAUCUUGUUCAGACACCAAGGAAAGCCCCAUUGGGCGAAGGCCCACCGCCUACAGCCAGACUCACUCCGCAAGCUCUACCCACGGUUCGAUGAUUUCCGCGCGGUCAUCGACCGUGUUGAUCCUCAAGGCAUUUUCCGCAACGAAUACGUCCAACGGCAUAUUCUGGGAAUGCCAAUUGACCCCAGGUUUUUCAAGAAAAGGCCAUAG